UUAAUAGGGAUCUAUAUAUGCAAAUGUAGAUAUCCCCAAAAAACCCAUCCAAAAUCUGAAAUCCGCCACGAAUUUCGAUUGGAUAGAAAUGGAUGAGAAGAAUCAAGAUUCAAUCGGCUACGCCUUCAAGGGCAAGAUCAUGAUCUCAUCCAUCACCAUCCUCUUCUUCGCCUGCUUCAUCAUCGUCGCAUUCCACGUCUACCGCCGCCGCCGCUCCGACCAGCGCCUUCGCCGCGUCACCUCUCUCUCCGCCGCCGCCGCGCCGCCGCAAAUUGCCGCCGCCUCCGGGGGCCUCGACCCCCGCGCUGUGAGCUCGAUUCCUACCUUCAUCUACCAAUCGGAAAAUCAGGAAUUUCCGGCGGAAUGCGCCGUGUGCUUGUCGGAGUUCGAGGAGAGGGAAACGGGUCGGAUCCUGCCCGAAUGCAAGCACUGCUUCCAUGUGGAUUGCAUAGACGCGUGGCUUCUGUCGCAGAGGCAUUGCCCGCUUUGCCGGGUCCGGGUCACGGGUAGACCGGUUGGCAGCUCUGCGGAAGUCUCGAUUGAUGUUCGCGGGUCGGGUUCCGGGUCGGAUUCUACAGGAUCCGCUUCGUCAUCGGAGGCUCUGGAUAUUCGAAAGUAAGCGACGUGGCGUGAUGGGAAUUGAAGUGAACGGGUCUGGAUCCGGGUAGGGGUUUGUGUCGGAUGUUGGAUCAGGAUCCGGGUUUCCGGGUGGGUCGAUUUGUGGAUUUUAAUUAAUCAUAUGUGGAUGCACAACUGUAAUACUGAUUCAUGAAAUGGAGAAAUGCUACGUAAUGCUUUUA